GCCUUAAAUUGGAAGCGCGUUGCGCGGAGGGCUUCUUGGUUUGAUCUCCCACUUCAUGCGCUCACGCUGUGGAUCUCGUGAUAGCAGGGACGCGCUCGAGGCUGUGACAGUCCAAGAGAGCGCGGGGGACCAAGGGAAAUUACUUUUUGAACUCGAAUUAUCGCCGUUUCGAAAAUGAAAGUGGUGCGCAAUUGUCUGCGUGCCGUGCCUAAAAGCCAGCGAACAACUUUGGAUUAGGCACGGGAUGGUACUCAAAUUCUAUAUUUUGUAAAGCAAUUUGUCAGAGAGUCUAUGUAGGUCUGGACAAGUGUCAGAAGUAGAAGUCGUUUUUGGACAAAUGCUUUUGGAAGGCAUUCCUAUGCUUCGAUCUUAAUUGCGCCAUGGCUUACUCUCAGCUGGGAUACUCCUACUCCACUCCACCACAGUUUCUGAUGACCACGACCCCGCUCGCUGGCUGUCUGGAGCCGGCAUCCCCUCCAUCCCACCCGGCGCUGCGCUCCCCGGCUGGCAGCGGCAUCGCUGUUUGCAGCCCGUACCCAAAGCGCCAAGCUUACUAUAACACCUGCACCGGUGACGCCACACCUCUCUAUUCCACAGGACCAUUACAACCUAAAGGUGUAGCUGCAUCUGUGCACAUGGGGACAUCUCAGACGCCUGGCUACUAUCCUUAUGAAUAUACAUUUGGCCAUUAUUCUUAUGACAGAUAUGGUUAUUCCUCCUCGGAAGGAGCUUCACGGCGUAAGAACGCUACCCGGGAAACGACCGGCACCCUGAAGGCAUGGCUGCAGGAGCACCAGAAGAACCCUUACCCCACUAAAGGAGAGAAGAUCAUGCUGGCUAUCAUCACCAGGAUGACCCUCACACAAGUGUCUACAUGGUUUGCCAAUGCCCGCAGGAGGCUGAAGAAGGAGAACAAGGUGACGUGGUCGCCGCGAGCUUCUAAAAGCUCGGAUGACAGAGUUCGUGAUGACGACAGCGACGAAGCAGAAAAGUCACUUAAAGGCGACAAAGACCAUCCAGACCAACAGUCUGCCGAACUUCAGAGCGAUCUCGAAGACUUCGACCUCCUUGAGUCCGACGCUUCCGACUGUGAACCAAAGCCACAGUUUAUACCGGAGGACAAUGCAGUCAAUUCCAACAUUCCACACGAUCACCUCGCGUACAACCCAGAGUCGCUGCACAGCUCGGAGAGAUUGUCUUCGGACUUCCCUAAAAUCGCACCGGUUCAAGACCAGAGCACAACCUUCUAUUCAAUGCCAGAUGUGCACGGGACAGACACCAAACCCAAAAUCUGGUCUAUUGCUCACACUGCUGUCUCUCUGGAUCCCAGCUUGGAGCCAGAGUAUCCACCUUGUAUGCUGUUGACCAGUUCAUCCUCUCCUGGGUUUCCAUCAAACGUGGCGCUACCCAAAGCAGACAGAAAGCAGGAAUCACCAGUGGACACGCUCAGGGAGUGGGUGGAUGGAGUUUUCCAUGGCACGCCAUUCCAACAGUCAAAAGCUUCUGCGGCAUGGAAAGGGUUGAAUGAGGAGGCUGUGAGCAGCAGAACACGAGGACAACCUUUUGAACUUGUAAGAUUGUCGUAGGCCGCCCCACGCUGACAUUUUCAAAGGCUGCUGGACUUGCGAUGUCAAGUUUAUAUUUUGGUGUUGUGACCAAUUGCGUCUUCACAAAAGCCACAUUGUUGUGUAUCACCGCUAACGUGCACACAGAUUUUGGAGGCAGAUGUCUCACCUCAAUGUCCCAAAGGAUCCUUGGCCAUAUGACAGUAAUAGGAGUGUCUAUCGUUGCCAUUUGUUGAUAUUGUUCAUAAAUUAAAGUUUGACACAUAUUCUUAUCACAAUAUCAUAAAUGCCGUGAGAUUAUUAAAACCACUUACUCCAACUUAAAUAUUUGCCAGUGAUUCACUGUAAAACAUGAAUCCUAAAAAGGUCUUCAUCUACACAAAGUAUUUUCCUGGAAGGUGCAACAUGUUUUCAAAGAAGGAAAAUCUUUGUCCAUCAAGAAUCAACUAAAGAAAAUCUUACUGUUCUCCAACAGUAACAGUCCUUUCUGUUACCUUCUUACACCAAAAUAGUGGAAUGUCCUCGAAAACCACUUUGUUGCACAGUCUGCGUGAGGAAAGUCAAAUGACUUUUUAGGUAAACUGUGCCCAAAACAUCACGUUUCACGUACUGUCGUAAAAUAUCCUGCAGACAUUAAUGAUAAUUGGAGAUGUAAUGUUUUUACAUACAGGUAUAAUAGAGUUAAAGAAAUCUCGCAAAUACAAACCAUUUAUUGAUGACCUCCUUGGCUUUGGAUAAGUAAUAGAAAGUUACUUAACCUGUGAUUCGCCGGCAACCAGUCUAGGGUGUACCCCACCUUUCGCCCAAAGUCAGCUGGGAAAGGCAACAGCUCACCCGCGACCCAAGUGAGGAUAAGCGCUACAGAAAAUAGAUGGAUGGAAGUUACUUAACUUGGCUACAUUUGAGGGGCCUUGUAAUAAAAUGUAUAUACAUUACACAACUUUCUUGGAGUUAACGAGCUAAUUCACAGAAAAUAAAUGAAUGGGAAAAAAUCUUAAGACCCACUUUGCCAAGAUUUGGAUUCGUAAUGGGAUCAGUGUGUUCGGCAUUUUAGCCGAAAUCCAUCAACGUCAAUCCACGUUUUUAUUCAGUUCUAGCAACUGAGAUGCUUAUGACCCCAUUUAAAUGCAAUGCAAAUUGUACAUUAUUGUUCACUUGCACUUUCACCAUCACACAC